AUGGUCAUAGAGAAAAAAAAAAUGGUUUUCUUCUUUUUCUUUGAAUCUGUUUUCACAUCCAUACCAAAAGUGAAGGAAGAAUCGCGGAGCAAGCUUUUGGCAGACUUGGAUGACGAACCUUGUUUUGUUGAUCCAGUUACUGUGGAUCCGCAGGUGCCAGAUGAGAUCCUUGCUGAUCAACAAGCUGAUGAUCCAGUCCCUGAUGUUUCUGCACAAGGUGUGAAGGAGAAUGGCUUGUCGAAAGACAGCAAUGAAGUUUCCCUACCUGCAAGUGCCCCAGUGUCUACUCCUGCAAUGUCUAAUGGUAAUGGGGAUGAAAGUCCUUUGCCUAGUGAUGAACAGCCCACUCAUUCACCACCAUCCAACCAAAACCAUUCAAGAAAUGAAGAUGUAAUUAAUAGCAAAGAUGUUCGACCAUCUCCCAAAAAUAAUGAUAAAAGUGUUGAUGGAUGGAGUAGAAGGUCGUCUUUGAUAAAUAAGGAAGGCUCAAUGGCAGCAUCUGCUGGUGAUUCUACAACAGAUAAGAAAAGCUUCCUUCAGUUGGUAGAUUCUUUAAAAAGUGAGCUGAAAAGUGAAGUGAAAUUGGAACACUGUGAAAAUGCUGACCUGGGCUGUGAUGUGAAAACUGAAGAGGUGGAUCCUCUCAGCCAGAAGCAGACUUAUAUGUUGCAGUACGUGAUGCAGAUGCAGCAGGAAAUUGAUAACCGGCUGAACAAAAUCAGAGAACAAGUAGACAUCCUGGAGGAACGGGAGAAACUGAACAGCCCCCUGUCUGUAAGUUUACCUUUGCUGAAGAAAUCACUUCGGAAUAUGAUGCAGGACCUUGGUAAAGUACGAAGAAUGGCAGCCUAUCACUGA